GGCGACGCAGGUGCGUUGUCCGUGACAGGAAACUGUCCUGCUUCCUUUGUGCGUGGAAAUAAGGUUCCGUCACCACGACUCGCUUCCUUCGUGCGUCCCUAAACGCCCAUUCAUCCUUCAUAUAUAAGGCCUGGCGAGGGCGAGGACUCUGUCUAUCCUCGCCCACCAUCAUGCGAGUCGUAUCCGUGUCGGCGUGGUUUGCGUUUGCGAGCACGAUCCUGUUGACUCUCUUCAUCGCUCCAGCAUUGGCCACGGGAUCAACCAGCUCGGACUUCGCUAGCAACAUAUUCCACGAAGUGAAAGGGAUUGCUGACAAGGCUCAUCAUGGAGUGAAUAAGGUUGUCUCCGACGCCACUCGACGCCUUGGAGAGCGCGCGACACUAGAUCACUUCUGGCAUGAUACGCUGUCGCUGGGCCAGCGUGCCCAGAACUAUGCGACCUUUCUCGUGGACGAGGCCGCUAAAACGGUCGACAAGUCCACUGCCGCGCGACUAGGUCAUGUCCAAGCAAUGAUGCUGACCAUUGUAUCCGACGCUGAAGACUUGAGAGGAGUCAUCGCACAGAUGCAGGGCAAUUCGGUGGACGACAUAAGCCAUGUUAUCGAGAAGCUAUUCGCGGACCUCUUCGAGGAGUUGAAAGACCAGUUUCCUCCGCCUGACCACGCACCGAACCAUGAGGAGCGAAGGGGCCAUGUGUCGCUGGUCAUCCGCAGAGUAGAGGAGGUUCUUAUCAAGUUCUGCGUACAACACGGGAUGCAGGAGCAGCACGCCCGGGCGCGUCUUGGCCCAAUCAUGAAGCACGUUCAAGAUGUCGUUGUGACCAUCGGUGACUUGGCUGAGCAACACCCAGUCUUGCUUGAGACCAUCCUCAUCUCCGCCAUUAUGUACAUCAUCCCCGAGUCGUGGUUCCUCCGCCCGUUGUUCAGACUCUUUGGCAUGUCCCCUGAGGGACCCAUCAAAGGAUCCGCGGCGGCAUGGGCUCAACGCACGUUUUAUGGUGGAUACAUCCCGAAGGGCAGCUGGUUCUCGCACCUGCAACGAGCAGGCAUGAAGGCCGGGCCCUGGAUGGGCCCGGUGAAGCAGGCCGUAGGUGGGCUCCUCCUAGCGGGUAUUGGAACUGCAGGACGCAUGCUCGCGGGAUUCGGGGGGGCCUAAUAACAAUGAGCACGUGAGAUGGACAUCGUGGAGAAGGGGUGGCGUCUGGAGGCUUGAGCUUGUCCGUGGUUUGUGUAACCUUUCACUCGUACAUUUGCAUUGGGCAUCGCGUAUACAGUGCAACUAGUGCAACACAGUUCUCGACGCAGUCC